CCAGCAUUGUCACUUUAUUAUGUAUAGAAAAUAUCACUUCAAAAUCCAGCUGCAAAGUGGAACAGUACAAUAAAUAGAUCAAACUUUUAUUGUCCCCAUACUCCUUCGAGCUAUUUACAGUAGUCUGAGCACAGAAUACCCUGUAGGAGAAAUGAUCAAAGAGUCACUUAUUGUAAAGGUGGACAGAUCCCUUGACUAAUGUGCAACCUUUCAUAUCAGGACCCACCAUGUCAAUGUAGCACUAGAUUUUGUCUUUUUCUCAGUGUUGAUCCCCCUUCUCCAACUCCAUGUCACUACAGCCGAGGCUGGGAUUCUUCCAGGCUGUGCUAAUCCCCUGGAGAAUUUGCAAUGAUUCCCGACCAUUUCAACAUUGCAUGCACCAUUAUGCUCAGGUCCCAAGCAUUGACCACCCGACAUUCUCCUCCUGGGUGAACAAUGAAAUGUCCUAGCCUCACUAAGUGGGAAUACACACACACACACACACACACACACACACACCCUCUCUCUGCCCCAAUCCACCUUGUUCCUGGUUGCUUCUGAUUCUACUAAAAGCAGGUAUGUGGCCAUUCCUGCAGUGACUGAACUACCGGUAAAUGGGUAACUGUUGUAUAAACCUACGACUGUGGUUAUUAGAUAUAAAAAGGUAAACACGUGGAGAAGCAGGAUUAAGGGAGCUCCCCAGGCACUGUUUUACUCAGCACCCCCUCACAUUUUCCCCCAUUGAUGCUCGGCGUACCUGCUGAUACGUCACUGUGUGUUCCUGUGGAAGUCUCAUCAUCUUAUUGUCACGUCUCUCAGGGCACGGUGCUGUCUGCCAAACUUAAUUUUCCAAGCUGCCACCCUGGGGUAGGACCACUCACAGUGUGGGUCCCAGUCUGGGCUUUGGACUGGAUAUGCCUGCAUCGUGAACUUCCCUGAAACAUCGACAAUUCAUUUCCCUGCACAGAUGCUGCCCGACCCGCUAAGUCCCCCCAGUACUCUGUGUGUGUUGAUACGGUACUGGUGCCAGGUUAUGGCUGUGAUCAUGAAAGCUGCCUCCACCCAGUGUUCAAUGGGCCGGCAGCUCUGACUAAUUCUGGGCUCACUCUCAGUUUCACCAACCAGCGGCAGAAUCAGCUCUCUCCAGAGCGAAAACGUGAACUGGUUACCGAUAGUGACAGGAGUCUGCGGGUGCAGGGGAGGAGCUGGCCAGGUUUAUUUUCAUACACUAGCUGCCUUGCAGGGCUUGCCUGUUCCUAUACAAUGCAGCAGUCCAUUCAUAUCUACUGACUGCACGCGAGUAUAAUCUCACCUUACCCUCUGAGGGCUCAGUACUUGGUCACAUUGCCUCAGCUCAACACGUUACCUGCUGGGCUUCUGUGCAUGUCACUGGUAAUCGAAGUCCAGUGACUUUAACUGGCAGCUGUGCACACCCAUGGCCUGUGAAGCAGUGGCUGAUCCUGGUUGCUGGUGUUCAGAAGCUGUACUCUCUUGGAUGUGGAUAACCACAACUUCUGUCUGCAACACUGCAUUUGCAUAGCAUCAUUAACAUACGUAGUAAAAUGGUGACAUUUUACUAUGGCAACGAUGGUGGAGGCAGAUACAAUAGGGUCUUUUAAGAGGCUUUUAGAUAGGUACAUGGAGCUUAGUAAAAUAGAGGGCUAUAGGUAACCCUAAUAAUUUCUACGGUAGAGACGUGUUGGGCACAGCUUUGUGGGCCGAAAGGCCUGUAGGAUUUCUAUGUUUCUAAAUCUCAGCAUGCUUCGGAGGAGCCAUUGGGCCUCAUGGGGAGAGAUAAGGAGAGGUGACCUAAAACUCGGUCCUCCUUGUGGAGUGGGAAGUGGGGCGUGAGAGGUCAAGGGCAAGUUCUGAACAGAUGAUGAGAUGAGCAUGAGAAAAGACUGGAGUAAGGGGGUCAGAACCAGAGGAACACUGGGACCUGUACUGUGUGUCAGGCUGAGUAAGUUGCAGAGGGAGGUGAGAGGGGCAUUGACAUCGAGGACCUCAUCAUAAAGAUGUGACUGGCCUAUGAGAGUAAAUGCAGCAGGAGCCUGAGAAAAUGAGUGGAAUGCGCACACUGUUUCAGUAGUACUAAUUGUCAGUUUGCUCUGGUGCAGCAAAUCCCCUCAGUGACCAGGGCUGAGACUCACACUGGACUGUUAAAGAGCUGUUGCAUUGGCACUUGUAUUGAGGUGAAAACAACCCACCAGCUCCUCACACAACGGGACAUCAGAACCCACCAGCAACUCACACAACGGGACGUCACCACCCACCAGCUCCUCACACAACGGGACAUCACAAUCCACCAGCUCUUCACAUAACGGGACAUCAGAACCCACCAGCAACUCACACAACGGGACGUCACCACCCACCAGCAACUCACACAAUGGGAUGUCACGACCCACCAGCUCCUCACACAACGGGACAUCAGAACCCACCAGCAACUCACACAACGGGACGUCACCACCCACCAGCAACUCACACAAUGGGAUGUCACGACCCACCAGCUCCUCACACAACGGGACAUCAGAACCCACCAGCAACUCACACAACGGGACGUCACCACCCACCAGCAACUCACACAACGGGACGUCACCACCCACCAGCUCCUCACACAACGGGACAUCACCACCCACCAGCUCCUCACACAACGGGACAUCACCACCCACCAGCUCCUCACACAACGGGACAUCACCACCCACCAGCUCCUCACACAACGGGACAUCACCACCCACCAGCUCCUCACACAACGGGAUGUCACCACCCACCAGCAACUCACACAACGGGACAUCAGAACCCACCAGCAACUCACACAACGGGACGUCACCACCCACCAGCUCCUCACACAACGGGACAUCACCACCCACCAGCUCCUCACACAACGGGAUGUCACCACCCACCAGCAACUCACACAACGGGACAUCAGAACCCACCAGCAACUCACACAACGGGACGUCACCACCCACCAGCUCCUCACACAACGGGACAUCACCACCCACCAGCUCCUCACACAACGGGAUGUCACCACCCACCAGCUCCUCACACAAUGGGAUGUCACCACCCACCAGCUCCUCACACAACGGGACGUCACGACCCACCAGCUCCUCACACAACGGGACAUCACAACCCACCAGCUCCUCACACAACGGGACAUCACAACCCACCAGCAACUCACACAACGGGACGUCACCACCCACCAGCUCCUCACACAACGGGACAUCAGAACCCACCAGCAACUCACACAACGGGACGUCACCACCCACCAGCUCCUCACACAACGGGACAUCAGAACCCACCAGCAACUCACACAACGGGACGUCACCACCCACCAGCUCCUCACACAACAGGACAUCAGAACCCACCAGCAACUCACACAACGGGAUGUCACCACCCACCAGCUCCUCACACAACGGGACAUCACAAUCCACCAGCAACUCACACAAUGGGACGUCACCACCCACCAGCAACUCGCACAGGUCAACAGCAUGAACCAUGUGUAGGUUUCUGGAUCCGUGAGAGGCUGAAACACUGUAGGAUUGAACACAAACAUCAUGCAGACAGGUCAGGAAUGGAAAUGCUAAAGUAUUAUCAGAGGGUUGAGAUAGUGUCCAGUUGUGGAUAUUUAUGUAGUGCCUUCUAGUUAUUGAUGUCAGAAAUUUCUUCAUGAAGCUGGUGAACCUGGGGUGCUAAUUCUGGUCAAAAGCCCCAAUCCUGCUGACUAAACCCAGAGACAGGGAAGGUCCUUCAGCAUGUUUCACACGAUUGUCAGGACAAUGAUUCUGAGUGAGUGUGGUGAAACAGGAAACGAAGCUAAGGCCUUUGUCUUGUGGGUUCAGUGACUUUGAUUAGGUACAACCACCCAUAAACAGAGACUGCUGGAAACACUCAACAGUUUCGAUGUAAGAUCAUUGAUUUGAAACAUUAACUCUGCACCCUCUCCACAGCUGUUGCAUGAAGUUUUGGUCUCCCCAGUUAAAGGAGGAUUUACUGAAAUUGCAGAGUAGCAGAGCGGAGGAAGAUCAUCAUCACGAUACCAGGCAUGAAGGGAGAUCGAGCAGGUUGGCACAAAGUUCGAUGGUGUUUGGGAGAGUGAGCAGUGAUCACAUUGAAAUAUAUUCUGAAGGGAUCUUUCCCUCAGUGAGUGUAUCUGGAGCGAAGUGGGCAACAUCUCGGAAAAAGGAUACAGCUACUGAAAAUGAUUUCCUCCUCACAGAUUUGGGAACUUUAGGACUUUGUAAUGCCAGGGGCAGAGUUUUGAACAUUUUCAAGGCCAGGAUAAAUCUCUGGUCAAUUGAGGGCAACAGAGACCAGGCAUGGAAGCUCAGCUCGAAUCUGCUGUCACCCUAGUGAAAGCUAGAGCAGGUUUGUGAGCUGAGAUCGAUGCCCGUCCUCGUGUCCAACACUGUCUGAUUUGCUGAGUAUUUUCAGCAUUUUCUGAAUUUUUUGCUGCUUUCCGUCUGAUUGCUUUUGUGAAAUUUUGUAAGGCAGAGCAGAUUGGCUGAAGAGGACAUUUUGAGUCAGAUGAGGCCUUGUCCUGCUUGUGAGUGACCCAGAGGUAUGGGAGGUGAUAACGAUGUUACUGAAGGGUGCAAAUCUUCCUUUCAGCAUGACAAUCUCACAUCCCACACUACAGGCUCACAUCCCACUUUACAGUCUCACAUCCCACAGUACAGACUCUCAUCCCACUUUACAGUCUCACAUCCCACAGUACAGACUCUCAUCCCACUUUACAGUCUCACAUCCCACAGUACAGACUCUCAUCCCACUUUACAGUCUCACAUCCCACAGUACAGGCUCACAUCUUACAGUACAUCCCACGCUACAGGCUCACAUCUUACAGUACAUCCCACGCUACAGGCUCACAUCUUACAGUACAUCCCACGCUACAGGCUCACAUCUUACAGUACAUCCCACGCUACAGGCUCACAUCUUACAGUACAACCCACACUACAGGCUCACAU